AAAGAGAGAUGUACAGUCGCAUUCUGUCCCACAUUGUUGAAACCCUACUGGGCACGCUGCUGAUCCAGAAACGGCCUUAUGUGCAUUUUUUCAGAUGAUUGCAUUAUGGUUUAUGGAUGAGACGUUGAUGCAAACAACACAGCAAGUGCAGUGAUUAAUAAGUCGGUAUUAUCCGCUGAGUGUACGUGAAGACUCGCUUUUGUUGCCCGUUGGCUGGAUACAGUGUAAGCCAGAAGACCCUCAAACGUCAUAGAUAAGGUCACCUCUUCAAAUCCAGAACUCAUCCACCAUGAUGAGUCACUUAGCCUCUGCAUUACUCAGGGGUCUCUCUCUCUUGCUGGUGACCCAGAGUGUGUUCGCUAUGGUGCUAUUGAAUGCCACAGAUCUGGGAAUUCUCUUGGAGAAAUACUUGGAUGAUGAUGGAGACAGGGUGGUGGAGAGACAGCGAGGCAAGAGGGCCAUCACUGCCAGUGACAUGCAGGCAGUCCUGGACCUUCACAACAAACUCAGAGGACAGGUCUACCCACAAGCUUCAAAUAUGGAAUACAUGGUUUGGGACACUGAACUGGAGCAGAGUGCUGAGGAAUGGGCCGAAACCUGCUUGUGGGAGCAUGGCCCAGCAGGCCUGCUGCCUCAGAUUGGACAGAACCUUGGAGUGCACUGGGGAAGGUAUCGUCCACCUACCUCUCAUGUGCAAGCCUGGUAUGAUGAGGUCAAAGACUACUCUUUUCCAUACCCCCAGGAAUGUAAUCCUAACUGCCCUUUUAUGUGCAGUGGCCCAGUCUGUACCCACUACACUCAGCUUGUUUGGGCGACUAGUAGUCGAAUUGGCUGUGCGAUCAAUGUGUGCUACAACAUGAAUGUCUGGGGCCAGAUCUGGGCAAAAGCAGUUUAUCUUGUCUGUAACUACUCACCAAAAGGUAACUGGUGGGGAUAUGCCCCAUAUAAACAUGGCUCCCCUUGCUCUGCCUGUCCACCCAACUAUGGAGGAGUGUGCAAAGAAAACCUCUGUUAUAAAGGUGAUGAAACAAAUAGACAAAGCCCACGUGAGGAAACAGAGGAAAGAAACUCUGUAGAACUGGAUGCACCUCAUAGCCCUGGACCCCGUUUACAGGCCCCAAGUCCAACCAGACGCCCAAACCCAGUUGUGAGCAAAGAGCAGAUGUCCCAGAUUGUGACGUGCGACACAAAGCUGAGAGACCAGUGUAAAGGCACUACAUGUAAUAGGUACGAGUGUCCUGCUGGUUGUUUAGACAGCAUAGAAAAAGUGGUUGGAACAGUUCAUUAUGAUAUGCAGUCUAGCAUUUGCCGGGCAGGUAUUCAUUAUGGCGUCAUUGACAAUGAUGGAGGUUGGCUGGAUGUCACAAGACAAGGCAGAACGGAUUUCUUCAUUAAAUCCUACAAAAAUGGAGUCCAGUCUAUUGGGAAGUACCAGAGUGCCAAUGCUUUCACAGUAUCAAAAGUGACAGUAAAGGUUAUCACAUGUGUGACUACAGUUUCUGUGCUAUGUCCUUACCAAAAGUCUGCAAGACACUGUCCAAGGAUUUACUGUCCUCAGAACUGCAUGCAAGAAAAUUCCCACCUUUCCAGAGUCAUUGGUACUACAAUUUAUUCAGAUAAAUCUAGCAUAUGCCGGUCAGCAAUUCAUGCAGGUGUCUUAAACAAUGAGUUAGGUGGUUACAUUGAUGUGAUGCCCACCGACAACAGGAAGCUGUACAUUUCCUCUUACCAGAAUGGCGUAUUAUCAGAAAGCCUGCAGAACCCCGCAGGAGGCAAGGCAUUCAGAGUGUUUGCCGUUAUUUGAGUGUGUGCUGAAACCGUGGUCACUCAUCAACUGUUGAUUAGACUGUAAUCGUGCCCAUUGUGAGGGCUGUUCUGCUUUAAACCAGCUUAUAUUUCCUUUCACACAAAUGUUGACUGAUCUAAGUAUUUGCUGUAUAGACGGAGAGCCCCUCCAAUGCAUCAAGUUGAUUAGCCAUUGUCUUGCCUAAAAAGCAUGUAAUUAGAGGAUCUUUCAGGGAAUGUGGUGCCUAUAUUGCAGAGAAAAUCACUUAAGAGGUUUUAAUCUUUUAUUAUAUU